CUGUAGCUGUUCUUUCCUGACAAGUAACAGAGCUUCUGCGGUACAGCAAACUGCCUCUUCAACUAAUGCUGCCUGUUGAACCUGCCUGACAGAGAGAAAGUAACAGCUUUGCUACUCCCAUACACUUUUUCUUUCUUCAAAAGACUUUCUGGGUUACUGCUGUUACCAACUUGGCGCUCUCGUUGUUGUUUUUGUUGCUGAUUCACCGGGAGGAUUCUGUUCAUUUCCAUUUUCCUUCUUUUGAAUUAAUUAAAUGUGCGAGUAAAACAAAAAGGAAAGAAAGCAAGAAAAGAGAAGGCGACAGUUUUUUACAACACCUGUUCAACCGAUCUCCUAAACCACGAAAACAAGACGGUCUGAAAAAAAAGUGGUCUUGAAGAAGUUGGGCUAGACGGAGCGUGCGAGGAUGGGGAAGCAGAACAGUAAACUGCGCCCUGAGGUGCUGCAUGACCUGCGGGAGAACACUGAGUUCACAGACCACGAGCUCCAGGAGUGGUACAAAGGCUUCCUCAAAGACUGCCCAACUGGACACCUGACUGUUGAAGAGUUCAAGAAAAUCUACGCAAACUUCUUCCCUUAUGGAGAUGCGUCCAAGUUUGCAGAGCAUGUGUUCCGCACCUUUGACACCAACGGAGAUGGGACUAUAGACUUCAGGGAGUUCAUCAUUGCACUCAGCGUCACGUCUCGGGGGAAACUGGAGCAGAAGCUGAAGUGGGCGUUCAGCAUGUAUGACCUUGACGGGAACGGGUACAUUAGUCGGGGAGAAAUGCUUGAAAUAGUACAGGCGAUUUACAAAAUGGUGUCCUCUGUAAUGAAGAUGCCAGAGGACGAGUCCACUCCAGAGAAGCGCACAGACAAGAUCUUUCAACAAAUGGACGCAAACAAUGAUGGAAAACUUUCUCUUGAGGAGUUUAUUAAAGGUGCUAAGAGCGACCCUUCCAUUGUGCGUUUGUUACAGUGCGACCCCAGCUGUGCAAGUCAAUUCUGAUUGGACAUCUCACCUAUCUGGACACUUUCCACUGAACCACUGGCUUUGCUUGCAAAUGGAUGCCUUUUAAAUCAUUCCUAGGUCAUUGGUGGACACAAAUUCAUUGCCACAUUCAGUCCUGUUUCUUUUUUCUUUAUUUUUUUGUGUAUCAAAGUGGAAGCAGCAUUGUGCUUGACUUAUGCAACAGUUUUAUAUGAUUAUUAUUAUUAUUAUUAUUAUUAUUAUUAUUAUUAAACCCACAGGUAUCAAUAACUGUUCUGUAUGUCAACUUCUUUUAAGUUAACUUAUGUUUACAACCAGCUAUAAAGAGCUUAUUUCUAACAAUAAAUAGCAGAUGUAGGUGAGACUGUCCAUUCUGAGUUGCAGUUUUAAAAGACAAGAAGCACCUACUGGAGAAGGAUGCACCUGUUUGGCAAAUUCCAACUGAAUGUAGUUAAGAUGUGAAAAGAUGCAUUGAAUUUGUUUGAUUGCUUUUCUUUAGCAGUCUUGCUUGUAGGUAUGUAAAUGUACGUUUCUGAAUUUUGUUGCUUAUAUUGUGAAGUAAACUUAUGGGAGCACUAUGUAUUGAAUGCAUUUGUAUUUGUUAAGGUCAAUUUAAAAUUAUAUAUAUAUAUAUAUAUAUAUAUGUUUUGUUUCCAGUGCAGAUUGAUUGCAAAUGCCAUUCUUAUUUGUAAUGCUUAAUCACUAGUGACUUUGCAUGACCAUAGUUUUGUGGAUAUAUUUGUAUUGAUUUUAGUAAAUAAAAAAAAUGGAAGUUAUUAUUAUUUUUGUUUUUUAAUAUAUAAUUAACAUUAAUAUUGUUAUUUUAUUCUUCAUGAUCCUGACCAAAAAGGGUCAGGGUUAAUGUAUAUGUUUUAGUGAAACGUGACCUUUUCAUUGGCACAGAAUACAACCAAUUACUGGAAGACAGCAUUUGUUGUAUCCUUUUGCAAAAUCUCUACAUAGAUUAUUGUCCAUAUG